AUGAUCAAAAUUCCAGAUAACAUGUUAAGAUUAUCAUUUUUAAAAACAAUUUCAAAUAAUUUUUCAAAAAAUAUAUAUUACAAUAAUAAUAAUAAUAAUAAUUUUAAAUUUUUUACAACAACAACAACAACGACAACAAACACAAAUACAACAACAGAAAAUAAAAUUAAAAAUGAAAAUGAAAAUGAAAUAAAUAUAAAUUCAAAUAAAAAAUUAAAUAGUAAAGAAAGAAAUAUAUUAUUAGGAAAAGCUUUAAAAAUGAAAAAAAAAAAUGAAAAAAUUGAAUCAAUAAAUGAAAAAUUGAAAAUUGAAUCAGAUUUACAAAAAAAUGAAUUUGAUAAAAUCUUAAAUUUAGAUAAAGUAAAAUUACCAAGAUGUACAGGAUGUGGUAGUACAUUACAAACGAAAUCACCAAAAGAACCUGGUUAUUUACCAGAAUCAAUUGCAAUUAAACAUAUUGAACAAUUAAAUGAAGAGAAAAUUGAAAAAAUUGAAAACAGUAAACCAAUUGAAGAACAAGAUAAAUCUGGUGAAGAAUAUUUUAAUUCAUUUUAUAUAAUUAAAAAAAAAAAUAAUGAAAAGAAAGUUUGUCAAAGAUGUCAUAUUUUAAAAAAUUAUGGUAGAGUUGCACCAGUGGCAAUACCAAUUGAAAAAUUUAAAGAUAAUUUAUCACAAUUAAAGGAUUUAAAUUGUUUAGUUGUAAAAGUUGUUGAUUUAAUGGAUUUUAAUGGUACAUUUAUUGAAGAUUUUAGAGAGAUUAUUGGUAGAAAUCCAGUUAUAGUUGUUGGAAAUAAAAUGGAUCUUUUACCAGACGAUAUUCAUAAGGAUAGAAUUGAACAAUGGAUUAGAACUGAAGCAAAGAAACGUGGUUUAAAUCAUAUUUCACAUGUAAAGUUAAUUAGUAGUGCAAGUGGUGACGGUAUGAAACAAUUUAUCAUUGAGUUGGAAAAACUUAGAAAGAGUCGUGAUGUUUUCAUCGUUGGUUGUUCAAAUGUUGGUAAGAGUACCUUUGUGAAUACCUUAAUUAAAGAGUAUAAUAAUCGUGUUGAAUUUACAACCAAUGAGAAAUUGGAGUCUAAGAAGCAAUCUGAACCAUUGACAAUUCAAGAACAAAAAGACUUAGAUAGAGAAAAACUUUUAAAAUCUUUACAAUCUAAAAUCACAACUUCCGUAUUACCAGGCACAACAUUAAAUUUACUCUCAUUACCACUUUGGGAUAAUUCAACAUUAUUCGAUACACCAGGAAUUGAUAAUCCACGUCAAAUGAUUAAGAAUUUAACAAUUGAUGAAUUAAAACAAGUCAUUCCAUCAAAACGUAUUAAACCUCAAUUGGCUCAUAUGAUUGAAGGUAAAUCACUUUUUAUUGGUGGCUUAGUCAGAAUUGAUUACGAUGGUCCAUUAUCAACAUUUAUGAUUUACACUUCAAAUUCAAUCCCACUUCAUAUAACUUCAACUCAAAAAGCAAAUUUCAUCCUCAAAAGACAUCAAGGUUCAUUUUUAACUCCACCAAUUUUAAGUGGUUCUGAAUUUAGUUUAGAUAAUAAAACUACUCAAGAAGAACAAAAACAAAAACAAGAAGAAGAAGAAGAAGAAGAAAUAGAAGAAGGAGAAGGGGAAUUGGGAAAUGAAGAAAAACAAAAAUUAAUUGAAAAAUCUAGACAAGAAAUUAUUGAUCAAAGAUAUAAAAAAUUAUCACAAUAUGAUUUGGAAAUAUUAGAUAAAUUCAAAUUUAGUCAAAUUAGAACAUUUACUAUAAAACCUGAAAAAAUAGAUUUUGACCAUACUUAUAUAGAUUUAGUUAUUUCUGGUUUAGGUUGGAUAUCAAUCAAAUCAUUAUCAAAGAAAAUUAAAAGUUCAAAAUUAGUCAUUCAUACUCCAAAUAAUAUUGAUAUUAGUUUAAGACCUCCUUUAAUUCCAAAAACUAAAAUAUAUUCAAAAAAUAAAAUAAAAUAA